GAAGCAUUCAAAGAAAACCAGUGUCAAUAUCUAAUAACGAAGAAUUCAGAUCGUUAAUCAAGAAUCUUACUCUAGCGGAUGAUAUACCGACUGAAGAAUACACCGAUUCUAUUGAUUUGCUGUUGGGAAAUGAUUAUUACUUAGAUAUAGUGCUAGGACAUAAAAUAGAAAUUCAGCCAGGCUUAUACCUCUUGUCAUCAAAACUUGGUUGGAUUCUUUCAGGAAGAACAAGUGAAAUCGAUGACAGCGUUACUGAUGCCAAUGUGCUCAUUUUAUCAUAUGGCAAUAACAUAACAAAGACACAAGUGUUUACAGUAGACACAUGUGUUCCAAAAUUACCUGACAUAGAAGACUUUUGGAAUAUAGAAACAAUAGGAUUGAAAGAUAGCACAAAUGAAAGAACUGAGGAUGAUCAAGCGAUAGAUAAGUUCAAAGAAAGUCUUGUGUUCAAAGAUAACAGAUAUUAUGUCAAGUGGCCGUGGAGAGGCGACAAUUAUGAAAUUCCAGAAAAUCGUCCUCUAGCUUUUGGACGACUUAAGUCAUUAGUGAAAAAGUUCAAAGAUAACCCAGAUGUAUUACAGAAAUAUGAUUCUGUGAUUCAAGAUCAGCUUGAAAAGGGCAUUAUAGAAAAGGUUGAGACCUCUGAAAAGAAUGGACAUAUUCAUUACUUACCCCAUCACGCAGUGAUAAAGCCUGGCAAAUCAACAACAAAGCUGAGAAUUGUGUAUGACGCGUCAGCUAAAUCAAAGGUUGAAAAUAAUAGUCUAAACGACUGCCUUUACAGAGGACCCGUGCUUUUGAAUGACUUGUGUGGAAUUCUGCUAAGAUUUCGACUACAUAAGAUUGGUAUUGUUUCCGAUAUAGAGAAGGCUUUCCUCCAAGUUGGGUUGCAGAAAUAUCAAAGAGAUGUCACUCGUUUCAUAUGGUUAAAACAUAUUGAACACCCAGACAUAUCGCAAAAUCAGAUACAAGAAUACCGGUUCUGUAGGAUACCCUUUGGAAUUGUGUCAAGCCCUUUCUUAUUGGGAGCAACAAUUGAUUAUCACUUGGAGUGCUAUAACAAUGAAAUCGCCAAGAAACUGAGAGGAGAUAUUUAUAUGGACAAUGUUGUAACGGGAACAGUAAACAUUGAAGCUGCGAAAGACUUGUAUAUUAGGUCCAAAAGAAUUUUCGACGAUGCCAGCAUGAAUCUUCGCGAGUGGGCGUCUUACAACAGAGACGUGACGGAAAGUAUAUUUGCACCAGUUACGCUUAGAGUAAAAGUACUCAUUCAAACACUGUGGAAGAAAAAAGUCGAUUGGGACCAGCCAAUUGACGAAGAAGACAUUGUUGUAUGGCAUGAAAUUCAACGAGAUCUCAGUGAAAUAAGUGAACAUGCCACCCCACGAUGCAUUGUAAGUGAAAGUGAUAACAAAAAUGUUCGUGUGUGUUUCUGUGAUGCCUCUACCAAAGCAUACGCUACCGUUAUAUAUUUGAUGCAGAAAGGGAAUUCACAACAGCACAUCGAAAUAGUAUUUUCAAAGUCUCGACUUGCCCCAACUUCAAACAUCAGUAUUGCACGACUUGAACUCCUUGCUGUACUUAUAGGGGUACGAUGUUUAGCCUUUAUACAAGAGCAAAUAAAGAUGCAAAUUGACGAAGUUCAUUUGUUCUCAGAUUGA